GCACCUACGAGCCAUGGCUUCUAAAACUGUCGUUAUUAUCGGCGCAUCGUUUGCGGGAAUCCCAGUGGCACACUCCUUGCUCAAACAAGUCCCGUCCGUGAAAGUGAUCCUGAUUAAUCCGUCCUCGACAUUUUAUUAUGUUAUUGCGGCGCCGCGCAUUCUGGCGAAACCGAAAGCCUUCCGCAGCGACCAGUACCUUCUUCCGAUAGAAAGAGAGUUUGUUCAGUACAAAAGGGACGCCUUCGAAUUUAUCCUCGGUGCGGUAACGUCGAUAGACACUCCUGCCCGGACGGUCACUGUGGACGGUGAGAAGACCGUCCCGUUUGACUAUCUGGUCAUUGCGUCGGGGAGUACAGCCCGUUCUAUGACGAAUGAGACCGGCACCUUGAUUCCAUUUAAGCCCCCCAAGUCUGAUCAUGUACAGCUGUUGAUUGAAGAGGCCCAACGGAAAAUCAGCCAAGCUACAAAAAUCGUCAUUGCGGGUGCCGGGCCCAUUGGAGUUGAGACGGCGGGGGAGAUCGCGCAGGCUGCCCAGGAUCGCGGAGCGGACGUCCAUAUUACCCUUGUAUCUGCGAAGGAGCGAGUUCUCCCAGAGUUGAAGCCUCGUGCCGGCGAGACUGCGGAGCAGCAGCUGAAACAACUGAAGGUGGAAGUUGUCAAGUCUCGGAAAGUCACCGGAGCCACCCAGGCGGCGGAGGGUUCGACGUGGACGGUUUCUUUGGACAAUGCACAGACUUUAACAGCCGACGUUUAUAUCCCCACCGUGGGAGUUGUCCCGAAUAACAGCUUCAUCCCGCAAGAGUUUCUAGAUUCGGCGGGCUGGGUAACGGUGGAUAAAGAGCUACGGGUACAGGGGAAAAGUCAUUCGAAGUUGCCAAUCUUUGCGGCAGGAGACAUUACCAAUAACUCCAUGCGCCUGUCAUUCAAAGCGGCCGAGCAGGCGGCAGUUGUGGCUGCAAACUUGAAGGCGGAGAUAACAGAAAAAGGCAAGCAGCGCACCUAUGACCAGGGAAGCAGCCUGAUGAUGGUGGUUCCAGUGGGAUCAUCUGGUGGGACGGGGCAGCUGUUUGGCUGGGUGCCUUGGGGAUUGCUUGUGCGGAUGAUCAAGGGCAAGGAUUUCUUGAUUUCUAGAGCUCAAAGCAUGAUCUCCGCAAAUUGAGGCUGUAAUUACUUUCGUCGACCUUUGUAGAAUAUAUAGUUUAAUAUCGAAGCCGUUG